AUGGACAGUAUUUCUGGUGGCGGCGAUCCUCGACAAACCGGCCAACAUGUCGUGCCGUUGCCUCAUGACACGGCACCUGGUGACACCAAGGAGAGCGCCCGUGGCCUCAAAGUCAGAUCCCGACAAGGGAAGAAGCGCAUCAAAUGCGACCAGGUCUGGCCCGUGUGCCAGAAAUGCAAGGCCGCCGCACGGGUGUGUCAUGGCUACGGCGUCUGGGGCGGAGGAGGUAAACCUUAUGGUCCGGACGGCCACCGUUCGAAGACUAUACGUCCCGCCGCUUGGGUUAGUUUAAUGCAUCAGUUCGGCGGCACUGGCAUGACAGCCGAGCAGCACCUGUCGCUCGAGAUGCUCCGGCUCAAAAUAGGCGUCAAACUCUCGGGCGUCUUCGACUCCGAGGUCUGGGACAGGCUCAUGCUGCAGGCCAGCGCCACCGAGCCAGCCAUCCUACAUGCUGUUGCGGCGACUGGGUCUACCUAUCGGAGCGAUCGUCUUGCGAGGGGCGAGUACGUCUCGAUCGACGGGAUGGACAGCGAAGGCAUCCGUGCAUUGGUCGAGUAUAACUUCGCGAUUCGGUGUCUGACAGUCCAUCUGAGCCGCACUGUUACGGACAUAUGCUCCCUCCGCGUGGCGCUGAUCACCUGCAUGUUGUUCAUCUGCUUCGAGUAUCUUCGCCGCAACCUGCGCACGGGGGAUACACAUCUGGUCAACGGCCUACGACUUCUCCGCGACAUUCAAGCCCGGCGAGGACGAAGUGCUGUGGCUGUCGGAAACGCACCGAAUUGCAUGGACGACAAUCUCGUCGAGACCUUCGCGCGGCUGAACCUCCAGUGCGCCUUGUUUGGCAUGCAUUUGCUGCAUGCGCAGAUUCCGCGACGGUCGCGCCCAGAAUCUUUGUGCGCUUUCGAGAUCCUCUUCAUGUUCGAGUCGGUACAGCAGGCGAGACGCCAGCUCGACGAACUCCUCGCCGGGACAUAUCAUUUACUCCAGCAAUGUUGCCUGAGCGAGCGAGGGCACAGCUACAGCAGGAACGAACCUAGGCAGCCUGACCUCGACGCCUAG